AUGGCUUCCAAGACGGCGGCCACCGUCCGGAGCGACGGCGGCCUCCACGCCGAUCAAGCUGUUGCAUCGAAAAACAAAGGCAGACCCACCGGCGGCGACGUGGUGAAGCCGUGCUGCGAGCAUAGGUACGAGCUCGUGGGCUACGACGCGCUCCCGACCUUCCUGAAGCACGACGAAUUCAUGCUCGACCACUACCGCAGCGAGUGGCCCGUGAAGCAGGCGCUCCUCAGCGCCUUCGCCCUCCACAACGAGACCAUCAACGUCUGGACGCAUUUGAUCGGCUUCUUCGUGUUCCUCGCGCUAACCAUGUCCGUCGUCUCGUCGGGGGAGCACGGCCGGGUCGCGCGGUGGCCGUUCUACGCGUACCUGUGUGGCGCCAUGUUCUGCCUGCUGAUGAGCAGCGGGUGCCACCUGCUGGCGUGCCAUUCUGAGCAUGCCACGUACGUGCUGCUCCGGCUCGACUACGCCGGCAUCACCUGCCUCAUCGUCACCUCCUUCUACCCCGUCGUCUACUACACCUUCCUCUGUGACCCCUUCUCCCGUACGCUCUACCUAGGCUCCAUCACCAUCUGUGGCGUCGCCGCCGUGGCCGUCUCGCUGCUGCCGGUCUUCCAGGCGCCUGAGCUCCGGUGGGCGCGUGCUGCGCUAUUCGCGUGCAUGGGCGCGUCCAGCAUCGUGCCCAUCGUCCACAAGAUGCUCGUGUUCGGCGCACGUCCUGAGGCGGUGCUCACUACAGGAUACGAGGUGGCCAUGGGGGCGUUCUACCUUGCCGGCGUGUUGGUUUACGCCACGAGGGUGCCGGAGAGGUGCAUGCCGGGAAUGUUUGAUCUCGUCGGGCAUAGCCACCAGCUGUUCCACGUGCUUGUCAUCGCCGGCGCUUACGCACACUACCAUGCAGGCCUGGUUUACUUGAGAUGGAGGGACAGGGACCAAUGCUGAGCUCACUGCUGUCGAGGUGGACGACAGAAGUCCUAGUGCUACAAGAUUUGUCAUGAUGUCAGUUUUUACUGGGCUACAAAGUUAUGCUAGCAACCGAGAAAAAUCAUCAAGUUUCAGAUGUUUAUAUGAAUGAUGAAUUGACUUUGACACAGCUCUCUGCUUGUAGACAAUCAUUUUGACAAAGAGAUAUUGGUUCAUAUAAAAUUUCAACGA